ACGAAAGUUUGGUUUUUCUAUUGGCACUAGCCGUGUCUUACAGUUGGGUAGAUCAACUAACAAGAGACGGAGAAAACAAAGUUUUUGCUGUGUUUGUGUUUGGUUUUGGUUUUGGUUUUUUACACAUUAUCCUUAUCUAUUCUUUUGGCUUGGCACGUGCCCUGCUUAGAAACUAAAAGAAAAAUGGGAGAUUUUAUGGGUAUGUGUGUAUAUAUAUAUAUCAUGGUUCAUGCAUUGCAUGUUUCAAUUAAAUUUAGAGAGGGAUAGGCUUCAUUUUUUGGUCAGAACUUCUGGAUAGAACCAAAUUAAAUAAUGUUCAGCUUUGGUCAAGCAAUAUCUACCAAGAAGAUCUGAUUUUCCAAUGCUUCACAUUUCGUGAAGGCAAUCUUAUUCUUAUGGUAAAAAGAAAGAAAAAAUGGUAGUUGAGUGAGGAGAAAGUGAGAAGCAUAAGAUUGAGGCAGGUUAUAUAGGAGUCUAAGUUUAGUUCAUAGACAAUUCUAUUGAAGUUCAUAUAGGCCUCAAUCAUUGAAAAAUAUAAGCUUUCGUUGGUUUCUUUUUUAAGAGUUUUUUUAACCAUUCUUAGCUUUUAGAGCAUGGUGGGAAGCAUUAUGGGAAUGGAUCAUAAUCCAUACUCAAAUGGGUCUGUUUCUGUUCAAAAUUGUAAUGGGGUAGAGGAGAAGCUUGAUGGUUUGAGGAGGCUUGUUGGUAAGGGUGAUGGUGAUCCUUUGAGAAUUGUGAGUGUUGGAGCUGGUGCUUGGGGAAGUGUUUUUGCAGCAUUGCUACAAGAUACUUAUGGUCAAUUCAGGGAUAAGAUACAAAUCAGGAUAUGGAGAAGAGCAGGAAGAGCAGUUGAUAGAGGCACUGCAGAACAUCUCUUUGAAGUUAUCAACUCAAGAGAGGAUGUGUUGAGGAGGUUGAUUCGGCGUUGUGCUUAUCUUAAAUAUGUUGAGGCAAGGCUUGGUGAUAGGACCCUCUUUGCUGAUGAGAUUCUGAAAGAUGGGUUUUGCUUGAAUAUGAUUGAUACCCCUCUUUGUCCUUUGAAGGUUGUGACAAACUUGCAAGAAGCUGUUUGGGAUGCUGAUAUUGUAGUUAAUGGUUUGCCUUCAACUGAAACACGUGAGAUUUUUGAAGAGAUAAGUAAAUAUUGGAAGGAAAGGAUCACUGUGCCUAUAAUUAUCUCUUUGUCAAAGGGUAUAGAGGCUGCAUUGGAGCCUGUUCCUCAUAUUAUAACUCCCACAAAAAUGAUUAACCAAGCAACUGGAGUGCCUAUGGAGAACAUACUCUAUCUUGGGGGUCCAAACAUUGCCUCAGAAAUCUACAACAAGGAGUAUGCCAAUGCUAGAAUAUGUGGAGCUGAGAAAUGGAGGAAACAUCUGGCAAAGUUUUUAAGACAACCACACUUUAUUGUCUGGGACAACAGUGACCUUGUCACACAUGAGGUCAUGGGUGGCUUGAAGAAUGUCUAUGCAAUUGGUGCAUAUUUUUUAUUUUUCUUUUUAAUGCUGUCAGGAAUGGUAGCUGCCCUUACCAAUGAGAGUGCUACCAGCAAAUCUGUAUACUUUGCACACUGUACAUCAGAAAUGAUAUUUAUCACUCACUUGUUGGCUGAAGAACCUGAGAAACUUGCAGGGCCAUUACUGGCUGACACUUAUGUGACCUUGUUAAAAGGCCGUAAUGCAUGGUAUGGCCAGAUGUUAGCUAAGGGUCAAUUAAGACCAGACAUGGGUGAUAGCAUUAGUGGCAAGGGAAUGAUUCAGGGUGUGUCUGCAGUGGAGGCAUUCUUUGAACUUCUGAGCCAAUCUAGCCUGAAUGUGUUACAUCCUGAAGAAAACAAGCCUGUUGCUCCUGUAGAGCUAUGCCCUAUCUUGAAGACACUAUACAAAAUAUUGAUAUCCAGGGAACAGUCAUCACAAGCUAUUCUGAAAGCUCUGAGAGAUGAAAAUCUGAAUGAUCCUCGUGAGCGCAUUGAAAUUGCACAAAGCCAUGUUUUCUACAGGCCUUCACUUCUUGGACAACCAUGAUUGUUUUCUCUUGGCAAAAACCAAUGUGGAUGCAACCAUAUAUCGGAAGCGUUUGUCAAAGGGAAUAUUUUAAUGAGCAUGAAUGUAUUAUUUUGUGAUGGACUUUGUAUUACAUUGUUGUAUGUAUAUAUGUCAAAAUAUAAGUUACUAGAUCAAUUGGAAUUUUAACUCCCAGAUAUACUGCAACAGCUGAGAAGUCACUGCCUCACAGACACCACCUCGUUGUGGCCAAAAUGGAAGUAAAACUGUUUUUGGACUCUCUUUCUUCAUUAAUGGAAUGGAAUGGAAUAAGUGAGGAUGGGAUACAAGGGGAGGGGAAGGACCGAAACAAAGCAACCUUUAUUUCUUCUUGUUUGGAAGAUUAAUGAGGGAAAGGAACUCAAUUAUGUUUUUUGGAAGUUAAAUUAUAAAGGUUUGAAAUGGAAUGUAAUAUGCUUACAUUUGAACAAAGUUUAUCUCCUACAAUUCCACCUCAAUUUUGGAGAACAAAGGAAUGUAUUUGAGGAGAAAAAAAGGGGCCUUGAAUUGCUUUCCCUUAUCACCUGUGUGUGCGAAUCUGAAAUUGUUAACUUCGGCAACAUUGAUAAAUCAAGUCUGUGUCAUAAACCACUGUUUCUGAUGAG